CUACUAUCCGAUUACAAAACGGCUAUGGACUCUAUGCAGUCGAAGCUGCUAAGGUACUCUGAGCCCAGCAAGUUUGGCUUUGUGGGCGAACUUCUGGCAGGAGAUGUUUUUUCCUCGAAAAUGGACCACCUCGUUUGUUUCCUAGCUGGAACACUCGCAUUGGGCACUCUCAAUGGUUUACCAAAAAAGCAUUUGGAGAUAGCAGAAAGUCUCGGCAGAGGCUGCCAGGCGAUGUACGAAAAUCCAACAGGCUUAGGACCAGAGAUCGCAUAUUUCAAUAUGUUGCCCGGUCAGCAUGAGGAUCUUUCAAUUAAGCCUCUUGAUGCCCAUUCUCUUUUGAGACCAGAAGCGAUUGAAGCCUGGUUUUACCUCUACAGGAUCACAGGUAACAAAACCUAUCAAGACUGGGGAUGGCGAGCUUUUGAAGCAAUUGAAAAGUAUGCAAGAGUUCGUAACGGUUACUCUUCAGUGAAAAGCGUUAAGAAAAUACCGGUCUCCUAUAGAGAUCUGAUGGAGUCAUUUUUUCUUGCUGAAACCCUCAAGUAUCUCUACCUUUUAUUUGCCGAUGAUCAGAAGGAGUUAUUUCCAUUGGAUAAAUGGGUGUUCAACAGCGAAGCUCAUCCUCUGCCAAUUCAUGAAUAUUGA